UAGCUAUUAAUUACAAGGUUUUGCGUGCCUUUGCCGUUUUUUUUAUUUUGGUGGUGAUGAAAUAUUCUUCGUUCUUACGAAACGUGGGCAAGUUUCUUUCUUCGUCCAUUUACUUUAGGGGAUUUAUCCGUUCUCUUUUACAUCGAAAGCAAAUUUGAAUCCUCGGAGCGGACGUUAUCUACCACCACCACAAAAAGACAACAGGGGACCCGUCAACAAAGCGGGAUGCACUCCGCUUCUGGACUAAGUAAUUAGACUACUGAAGUACUGUUGAAGAGACAGCAUGUAAAAAUCGGAGACACCUCAAGGGGACGGGAGUCGCCGAAAAGAAGACGAGAGCCGUCCUGCGCCGUCGCCUUAAAGAAAGGAAAAACUCGGAUCAGAUGAAAAAAUGAUUCCACCAGCUAGCAUGAUCACGGACGACAGCGUCGGUAAAGAGAACGACCGAGAACAACAUGAGCUGCCACAGUCACCGGCGUCUAGUAUCAGCCAGCAAGAAUCCAAGCUGCAGAGGCUGAAGCGCUCUCUCUCCUUCAAGACCAAGAGCCUGCGCAGCAAGAGUGCCGACAACUUCUUCCAGCGCACCAACAGCGACAUGAAGCUGCAGGUGGACCUGCUGCCGGAGGUGCGCUCCAGCAUGGGCCACCUGGGCAGCUGCGACCUGUCCAUCCCCCUGCCCAUCCCCUCCUCCAUCUGCUCCCCGGGCCAGAACCCCCGCCAGCCCGACCCCAGCGCGCACAGCUUCCUGGAGCACAUCUUCAAGAAGCCCACCUUCUGUGACGUUUGCAAUCACAUGAUCGUUGGCACCACAGCCAAGCACGGGCUCCGCUGCAAAGCCUGCAAGAUGGGCAUCCACCACAAGUGUGCUGACGGAGUGGGCCAACAGAGGUGCAUGGGGAAGCUGCCCAAAGGGUUUCGUCGGUACUACAGCUCCCCCCUCCUCAUCCAGGAGCAGUUCGGCUGCAUUAAAGAAGUCAUGCCUAUUGCCUGUGGGAGCAAAGUGGACCCCGUGUAUGAGGCCCUGCGUUUUGGGACGUCGCUGGCACAGAAGACCAAGAGGACCAGUACCGGCAGUGGCUCUGACUCGCCCCAUCGAAACUCUACCAGUGACCUGGCGGAAGUGCCUGAAGAAGCCGUGGCCCACAGCAGCAAGGCGGAGCUCACUAGGAAACACAGCGACAACGUUUUUACGCCUCUAGAAAAUGGAACUGAACAUUUUCACCCAGGGGACCGGAAAAUUGAAGACUCACCGGUGCGGAGACAGGUGAGGAAGGACGUGCUGCAGCUGAACACCUACGUGGCCUUGUACCGAUUCGUGCCACAGGAGAGUCACGACUUGGAUUUGAAACCUGGAGACAGAAUCGUGCUGGCAGAUGAUUCUAAUGAAGACUGGUGGAAGGGUGUGAUCGAGGACCGCAUCGGGUUCUUCCCUGCUGCCUUCGCCCACCAGGUGCGGCCUGGGGAUCGAGUGUUCAGGUGUCACCGGACCUUCAUCGGCUGCAAAGAGCAGGGACAGAUCACACUGAAGGAGGGACAGAUUUGCGUAAGUGGCGAGGAUGAGCACAAUGGCUUCAUCGGGGUGGCGAGCGGGAAGAAGAGAGGGUAUGUGCCCUGCGACGUUCUGGAGAACAUCUGAGAGAGGAGAGGGAGAGAGAAGGCAGAACUGCAGUGUUGCUCUUCCAUGCCCUUUUACACACAGCACCUCCGUGGUGAGCUCCACCCAACUCCUAGAGGGAACAUGCUGAUGGGACCAAUAGGAAGUACCAUCACAGACAAUUCCAAAUGGGGACUGCAGGUUUGGUUAAACUGUGCAGUGACUUCCUUGUUUCCUUCUCCAUGAUUGGAAGACUGAAGGUUUGACAGAAGGUGUGUCUGC